AGCGAAAGAUCGUCAGUGUUUGUUUAAGUGUGGUACAAUGAAGCCACUUUCUGUGCAUUUUGUUGCUCUCCUGGCGGUUUCUGUGGCAUCUGGUGUAGAGCUGGUGACCAGGAGCGGACCAGAAACUGAGAAAUACCAACCAACCUGGGAGAGUCUUGACUCCAGACCUCUUCCUAGUUGGUAUGAUGAGGCCAAAGUUGGUAUAUUCAUUCAUUGGGGCGUGUAUUCAGUGCCGAGUUUUGGUUCAGAGUGGUUUUGGAUCAAUUGGAAAGAAAACAGUGAAAAGUACGUUGAGUACAUGAAGAAGAAUUUCAAGCCGGGAUUUUCCUAUCAAGACUUUGCCAGGGAUUUCACAGCUGAACACUUCAAUGCCUCAGAAUGGGCUGACUUGUUUGCCAGAAGUGGAGCGAAAUACAUUGUUCUGACCAGUAAACAUCACGAAGGAUACACAAUGUGGCCCUCGAAGUACUCUUUCAGCUGGAAUGCUCAAGAUGUUGGUCCUCAUCGAGAUCUCCUUGGGGAACUUGCGCAUGCGAUCAGGAGUGAGACGAAGCUGCGCUUUGGUGUGUAUCAUUCCCUCUACGAAUGGUUCAAUCCGCUAUACUUGAGCGAUAAAGAAAGUAACUUCACCAAGCAAGAGUUUGUCGAGCACAAAAUUUUCCCAGAAAUGCUGGAAUUGGUGGACGAGUACCAGCCUGAAGUGCUGUGGUCGGACGGAGAGUGGGAAGCCAGUGAUGACUACUGGAGAUCCAGAGAGUUCCUCUCCUGGCUCUACAAUGACAGUCCAGUCAGGGACAGUGUGGUGACAAACGAUCGCUGGGGGAAAGACAUACUAUGCAAACAUGGAGACUUUUUCACCUGCCAAGAUCGAUACAAUCCGGGUGUUUUGCAGCCCCACAAGUGGGAAAAUGCCAUGACAAUCGACAAGAAAAGUUGGGGAUAUCGCGUGGACGCUCGCUUAGAAGAAUAUCUAACCACGCAGGAUCUCAUCUUCGAGUUGGCUUCAACUGUGAGCUGUGGAGGAAAUCUAUUAGUAAAUGUUGGGCCCACAAAAGAGGGUCUAAUUGCACCUAUCUUUGAGGAGCGAUUGACAGAACUAGGAGAGUGGCUGCAAUCAAAUGGAGAGGCGAUCUAUGCAACCAAGCCUUGGCAGUAUCAGAAUGACACCCAAACCACUGGAGUUUGGUACACAAGUCGAGAAGAUGAACACUGGCUGUAUGUUUAUGCAAUUGUCCUCAAAUAUCCCAGAACCUCCAACAUCACACUUUAUUCUCUGGGUGGAAAAUUUAAUGAAAACUCAAGAAUUAUAUUGCUGGGAUACGACGUGGAGAUCAAGUGGACUGGCACUGCACAGUUUAUAAACAUUGAAUUCCCGCCCAAAGACGAGUUGGAUAGGGAAAAUCUCCGCUAUGCUUGGACAUUCAGGAUCAAUUUGCCGAAAUAGAAAGUGAUGAAUUCUAUCGUCAGAUUAGCUUGUUUCUGACUGGAUAUGCAAACUUUUAUCUCCACUUUGGCAUCAUCUUCUACGAUCAUUUCUAACCAAUCGUGACAGAGAAUGUAACAACAUCAAAUUUUUCAACAAUUAUUCUAAAAACGUAUCACCAGAACUAAUUCCUCAAACACUACAAAUCAGCAUUUUAUCCAGGUUUAUAAAACUAAUGUAUUUAAAUUGCUGUCAAUAUAGAAUAUUGUACAGAAGAAUAUUUUUUUUAUGAAAUGAUAACAAUUUAAAUUAUUUAGAAUAUUUAGGGUGCGAUUAACUCACAAGAAAUUCCAGGACUUUCUCUGGGUAAGAAACUCAAACUCUUUCAUCACUGGUUUCGUUUCAAUAGAUUUCUCCAUCGUAGAGUUGAAGAAAAAAAAUACCAAUUCAUCUAAAUACUUUUCGACACAAUUCACUGUAAUAAUAGCAAUUCAGCUUUGUAGAGUAUGGUAGAGUACUUCGAGUUGCUGAUGCAAUAUUUCUCUC